CUGAGGACCAACGUGUUUGUGAGGUUCCAAGGUGAGCCUGUGCCUGCAUCUUCCUCACUGCCAGAGCCCUGCAGAUGCCCCUGCCCUCUAGACCUCACUGGUAUCUGCUGUUCGGAGCCACUGACGAGGAGAUCAAGGAGAUCUGCCUAACAACUAUCAAACUCUACACCAGGAAGAAGCCUAACUACGAUCAUCUGGAGAAGGAGGUGAAGAGGAGGAAGAUGUUCCUGCAGGAGGCCAAGCUGAAGGUCAAGGGGCUGAAUCCUGACGGGACCCCCGUGCUGUCUGCCCUGGGGGGCUUCUCCCCCGGCUCCAAACCUUAUUGGACUGCAGCUUGGUCCACUACCAGAGGAUGACGCGUGCGUGUGUGUUCUCCCAGGUUCUCCUAAUGCUGUGAAGUCAAGAAGGAUCCUGACAACCCUGCGCUCCAAGAGCCCACACAAUGGGAUGAGGAAGGAGGCCAGGAUUGGCAGGAACAGCAGGAGUGGGAGUGGCUCCCGGUCCAGAAGACUGCAGACAGUAAGACACCUUUCCUGCAUCUUUAACCUGGGGUUAUUGGGAGUUGAUGUCUAGAUGAGUUUGGUGUAGGCCCUCUCGUGCCACAACGAGAGGGCUCUCGUGCACGAGAGUGGCGGAGGCCACCACCACCACUGUGGCGGGGGCGAGCGGAGGGAGAGGUCCCGGUCAUACGAGCGGGAGAGAGAGAGGGAGCGCGCUCACAAGAUCAAGCACCACGGCAGCAGCGGCCACUCAGGGCACGGACGGCACCGCCGCUGAGACGGGCCGGGAGAGGAGGCCGGACCCUGACGAUGACUCCUCCUGGGGCUCCUCUGACUCAGACCAGGGGGACGACGCGGCCCAGAGGAGCUCAGCUCUGCGGCCUCCUGGAGGGCUCCCGUCCUGGCCUGCAGCGGCCUCCUUCAUUCAGCUUUGAUUUCUUUCUCUUCGUCCUCUGCAAACACUCCAGCACAACCCUUUUUUAGUUUCAAUGUAAAG